AUGCCGCUGGAUAUCUUCCGCAAAUUCACCAAACACUCUGCUUCGUCCAGUGCGAUGCAGAGUGAAUCUUCCAGCACUGAUAACUUCACCAUAUCAUUUCGCCCAGAGGCGCCAUCUCCUCAAGAAUCGGAGACCUCAUCCCCCCAUGAGCCUGGGUAUCAAAAACGCCUAACCACGACGAACAUCGAUCAUACGUCCAAGUAUCGAGUGGUUGCCAAAUAUCUUCAUACAAAAUUGACUUUGAAUCAAUGGCUCUCUGCAUCAGAGAAACCGACUUCUCUCAGUGGCGUCCUUAUCCGCGCGGAUCGCAACAAGUAUAUUUCUGAGCCUAAGCAAAUAUCCCCGGUAUUGCACGCGGCAGUUCAGAGGAUGAAUGUACCGGUUGCCUUCACUAUGUCGACGGAAACGACCAGAGUUAUCAUCGAGUCGCUACAACCAGGCCAACGGGAGGUUCUUUUACCCAGCCGGGAACAAUUGCAGGUAAUCCCAUCAUUGGCAAGCAUCGUGAGAGAUACCGCAAACGGAGUCAAGAAAUUCCAGUACGCCGCACUUAUUCAUCAAGAAGGUGUGCUCUUAGUAUGGCAUGACCAAUUUGAGAGCAUUCUCAUCCAGGCUGCUGCCGUGGAGGAGAAGCUAUUGGCGCUAAUAUAUCGUCGUCCGACAUCGCUUUUGAGCAACCGGACUUCGUUUUUGACCAAUCGGACUUCGCUUUUGACCAGUCGGACUCCCAUUCGAACGGCAGCGCAAUCUAUAGUCUCCUUACCAAUGGCAACUUCGCUCCGGAUUACCGAUGAGCUUAAAAGCGACGUUGCCAAAAUAACGUCGAAUGAAAUAGCCACUUCAGAUCCCGAGUCUGGUAAAUUGAUUGACUCAUUGGAUCGACCUCUGGCGCUCACAAGCUCAAUCUAUGUCGGACUUGGUAUGUGUCUCAUCAUCAUAUUAGAACUAGGUUUUGGGGUCUCGAGCGUCAUCUAUGAAAUUCUUACGGAUGGCAACUACAUCCGCGCAGCUCUUUUUGUGACGUUGCCCAUCAUAAUGAUCGUGAGCUUAUUUUUUGCUAUGGUCAUUUUUGGCAAUCUAUUUCAGGUUGUGGGACCUACCAAAACACUCAAAACAAACACCAGAUAUUUUUCUGCUCGGCCUCCUGACCUGGCGUCAGCAUAUGCGCAAGGAUUUAAGCCGCAGCAUAUUACGAUUCAAAUGCCGGUAUACACUGAGUCCUUGAAUGACACCAUUCUUCCCACGAUCAAGAGCUUGAAGGCGGCAAUGUCACAUUACGAGUCUCACGGAGGCAGUGCAACUAUUUUUGUGAAUGACGACGGCUUUGCCUAUAUGACUCCAGAGCAACAGCAGAUACGGGCUAACUUCUACUAUGACAACAAUAUCGGUUGGGUUGCUCGGCCAAGAAACAAUAGCGAGUGUGGUUAUGUCCGCAAGGGGAAAUUCAAAAAGGCUUCCAACAUGAAUUUUGCAUUAAACAUUGCAAACAAGGUGGAGGAUGAACUGCUCGAAAUGCUCUCUCCCUCUUUGGAGAAAUCGGAAUUCAUUGAUCUGGUUGAGGAAGAGACUUGUUACCAGCUCGCUCUGUUACAUGUUCUUGAAACAGAUAGCAGAGUCAAGGCGGGCGGUAAUAUUCGCCUCGGGGAGCAUAUUCUUCUAGUUGAUUCGGACACUCGAGUGCCCGUCGAUUGCCUCCUUCAAGGCGCCGCAGAGAUGUUUCUGAGCCCAGAAGUUGCCAUCAUUCAACACUCAACGGGGGUCAUGCAAGUAUCCCGGGAUUACUUUGAAAACGGCAUCACUUUUUUCACGAACCUCGUCUAUACGGCAAUUCGCAUAUCCGUCGGUAGUGGCGAAGUCGCACCCUUCGUUGGGCAUAACGCAUUCCUCCGAUGGCAAGCUGUCCAAGCAGUUGGUUGUCCAGAUGAUGGAUAUACUGCCUACUGGUCUGAGAGUCAUGUCUCGGAGGACUUUGACCUCGCUCUGCGCUUGCAGAUUGCUGGUAAUAUUAUCCGACUAGCGAGCUAUCAUGGUGACGAGUUCAAAGAGGGAGUAUCGUUGACGAUAUACGAUGAAUUGAUGCGGUGGCAAAAGUAUGCAUAUGGGUGCAAUGAAUUGGUCUUCAAUCAUAUUCACACCUGGCUUUGGAAAAGUCCUUUUACUCCCCUGUUCAGGUCUUUCCUCGGGUCCUCUCUCCAGCUCUCUUCAAAGAUUACAAUCCUUGGAUAUGUUACAUCAUACUACGCAAUGGCGUCCGGCUUCCCCUUGACUGUCUUGAAUUACUUCCUGGUUGGAUGGUUCAAUGGGUACUUGGAUAAAUACUACAUGGAGUCGUGGAAAAUUCUCCUCUCGAUCUAUGUCGUCUUCAUCCUUUUCGGAAACCUUAGUCUUGCAAUUAUUCGCUCUCGUCUUGGAGAAAGAAGUUUCCUGUCGGCGCUAUUAGAGAAUUUCAAAUGGGCACCCAUGAUGCUCGUUUUCUUCGGAGGGCUCUCCUUUCACCUCUCGCUUGCGAUCCUGGCUCAUAUGUUCAGCAUCAACAUGCAAUGGAGUGCCACAGCAAAGGAAAAAUCCAAUUCGAACUUUUUUAGGGAGGUUCCGAAGAUAUUCAAAACAUUCAAAUGGAUGUAUGCGGUGAUGUUUCCAUUGAUAGGUGGAAUGAUCUACCUUGGGUGCUUUGCGCCAAAGGGAUGGGAAAUCACACUUAUGACAGCUGUGGUACCGAUGGCCAUUGCGGGCAUCAAUUUGAUCUUCCUACAUAUGACCUUAACAGAUCCCUAUACAUACGGUGCCCGCCCCCCCCCCCCCGCCGCCGCCCCCGCCGUACCCGCUAUUACCCCCGUCGAGGCGACUGCCUCCGUCCCUCCCGCGACGACUACGCCUUUGUUCGCUACCGGACUAUUCCUAUCGUGCUCUUCGCCGUCCGCCCUCUCGAACCGUCCGUCGGACCGCCUUAUCUAUCUCCCGGGGCGGCCGCCAACCCUAUAG